GCCAAGCCGACCGCGCGCCAACCCAAUCCCCCCAGACUCUCUUCAUCAUGAAGCUCGUUCCCCUCGGCGUCUUCGCCGUCGUUCAGCUGCUCUUGGGCCAGGCCUCUGUCGACGCCGUCGAGUUCGACCCCCAAGUGCAGCUAGUCGACGUUUCCGGCACGCAUCAAUUCCAGCCGCCGGGAGUGGGCGAUCUUCGUGGGCCCUGCCCGGCUCUGAAUGCAUUGGCGAACCAUGGCUUCAUUCCGCACAACGGCAUCGCUACUAUUGACGAGCUGGUCAAUGCAUCUAUGAAUGUCUUCGGCCUGGGAUACGAUCUAGCUCACCUUGCUUCCAUCUAUGGCACGGCAAUGUCAGUCUCUACAGAUCUCUACCACAUGUCCAUCGGCGGCCCGGCUCCCCGAGGUUCUACUCCAGCCGAUGCGGACGUCACCCUGCUGGUCAAUCCCGGGGGCCUUAGCACAACCCAUGUCGCCUUUGAACACGAUAGUUCUGUAACACGAAUCGAUAAAUACAUCGCCCCCGAUGGUGACGCUUCUACUAUGUCUCUGGACCUAUUCAAAAAACUAUAUUAUAGACAGCAGGGGCUUCCAGCCGACCAGGUCGACUACAACCUCGCGAUCCUCAAUGACCACCGAAUGCAGCGGACUUUCGACAGCCUACAUCAGAACCCGAACUUUUUCCUCUCGCCGUUCGCUGGCUUGAUGCACGUGGGAGCUACGCAUGCCCUCAUUUGGCAAUGUUUCGCGAACCGGAGCGCCGAGUAUCCUGAGGGCAGGCUGAAUCGCGAGACGCUCCUGUCCUUCUAUGGCGUUGAGUGGAGCCAUCACUUUACCGGGAAACACCUGGUCUACACACCAGGCUGGGAGCGCAUCCCUGCCUCCUGGUACCGCCGCGCCCUCAGCGACCCCUACACGGCCCUCCACACCAGCGACGACCUCCUCGCCGCAGCCUCUCAGCACCCGGACCUCAUCGACAAGUACAGCAUGGGCGGCAACGUCAACGGCGUGGACACCUUCAUCGUCCUCGAAGCCGACAGCCUCACCAACGGCGUCUACAAGCGCUCCGAGCUCCGCAACGACCACAACCUCGUCUGCCUCGGCCUCAUCGCUGGGCUGCUGCUCAGCCCGGAGUACCUCAGAGAGUACUACCAGGACUACGAGCUCAAUGUGUGGCCGACGCUGAUGAUGCGCCUGCCGCCGCUGUUUACGGAUCUGAACUGUAAAGGCCUGGAUAGUGUGGAGGAGAGGUUGUUGGAGAUGUAUCCGGGGUAUAAUCUGAGUCUGGGUCGUGAUAUCUGGUGAGGUUGAUGGGUGGGUAUGCUGGCCUUCUCUUCUUCUGACUAUCGGCUGUAGAGGCGGGUUAGGCGGGGCUUGCUGGCGUUGCGGGCGUCUGAUAUCUGGGCGGGGUGGUUGAGGUGGCGGGAUGGGUAGCUGCCUUCGUGCUAUGUGGAGGAAGGCUGCGGCUGCUUCUAAUGCGGCUGUUUCUGAUGCGGUCGAGUUGAUAGGAGGGAUAGACUGGAU